AAUAUCAGUGAAGCUUUGAAUAUGUGAACAUUCUCCCCCAUAAUACGCGGUCCAAAUCGCCGCCUCUCUCCUCCUUUUAGGGUUUCCAACGCCCCUCUCCCUUCUCCACAUUCCACGCUCUACCGGCAAUCACCCUCCAAUUCUGUUCAAUUUCUCUGCUGUACUGAUUUAUUGAUUUGUCAAUUUUGAGUUUAAUCGGCUUUGUGCUGCAUCUCUUUUGCGAUUCAGCUGCCUUCGAUUUUGUUUUCUGGUGAAUGAGUGAGAUUCGGAUUCUUAUAUUUCUACAAUUUUGUGCUUUCUAUCUGGUUUUAGCAUUUGCAGAUAUUUUUCAUUCAAUUUGAAUUGCGGUUGCUCUGAGCUUCGAAUACGGAAAAAGAGAGUGUGAAAUUUCAAAUGGGGGAAAUCGGAGAUGCAUUCCUGACGGUUUCAAUUUGAUAAUCUGACAUUUGUGUUACAAUUAAUUGAAGAAAUGCCUUCAACAGAUCUUCAGGAAUUAUCCUCAUCUCCAUCCCCAUCCACCUUCAGUUUCUCGAUCCUGAGCCGCCGCCGCGAUCAGGUCCACUCGACGGAUUCCCCGCUCGAAUCCAACGGCCAGGAAUCCGAAUCGGAAGCCUUCCAGCGCACGGUGGCGGAGCGCUUCCAAGACGUGGCGGCGGCGCCCUCGGAGGAGCUCCUCUCGAUCCCGUGGAUCCAUAAGCUUCUGGAGACAUUCCUGAGCGUCCAUGAAGAAUUCAAAGCGAUCGUCUUCAACAACAGGAGCAGCCUCGCGAAACCUCCCAUGGACAAGCACAUUAACGAUUUCUUCGAUCGCAGCGUCAAAGCCCUCGACGUCUGCAACGCCAUCCGCGACGGAAUCGACCACAUUCGCCACUGGCAGAAGCAGCUCGAGAUCGUCCUCUCCGCCCUCGACAGCAACCAGCGCAGCAUCGGCGAAGGCCAGUUACGCCGCGCCAAGAAGGCCUUGAUCGACCUCACCAUCGCAAUGCUCGACGACAGAGACUCCAGCGCCACCGUCUCCCACCGCAACCGCUCCUUCGGCCGCCAGAGCAACCACCAGCCCCGCUCCAUGGCCAACUUCCGGUCCCUAUCGUGGAGCGUCUCCCGGACCUGGUCAGCCGCGAGACAGCUGCAGGCGAUCAGCAGCAACCUGGCUCCACCCCGUGGCAACGAGACCUCCGCCACCAAUGGCCUCAAUGUGGGCGUCUUCGCCAUGAGCUAUGUCCUUUUAUUCGUGAUGUGGACGCUCGUUGCAGCCAUACCUUGCCAGGACCGGGGACUCCCCACUCAGGUCUUCAUGAGGCAGUUUGCGUGGGCGGCCCCCAUAGGCUCCCUCUACGAGCGGAUCAUGGAGGAGUCGAAGAGGAGGGACCGGAGGAACAGCUGUGGAUUGAUGAGGGAGAUUUAUGAGAUUGAAAAAUGUGUGAGGCUUAUGAAUGAGCUGACUGACUGCGUCGAAUUCCCAUUGACGGAGGAGAGGGAGAGGCAGGUGAAGGAGAGGGUUCAGGAGAUCGGGAAGAUAUACGAGGCGAUCAAGGAGGGUUUGGAUCCGUUGGAGCGCCUCGUGAGGGUUGUGUUUCGGAGGAUUGUGAGGAGCAGGACUGAGGGGCUCGACUCGAUAGCCCGAGCUAACGCUCCGGAGUGAUCAAGUAUGGAAGGGAGAUCAACAGUCGUUUGUAUGUAUUAGAGAAAUGUGAUUAUGUAUUAGAUGGGAGGCAUCUUGUGUUUUUCAUUGUUCUUGUUUUGUUUGUGGGUAUAUUUGAGCUUCACAUUGUACCAAUUUUGUGUAUAUUCAGACAGGAAGUUGCAAGUUUUGGGAAGCUGAUAUUGAGAUAGAGGAAAGUGGAAAUGAGUUGUUGUCAUGAA